UUUUUCCUGCGAACCACCCUUCCCUUUUCUCGGUACUAGUUGGUAGUGACGAAGCUGCUUUGACUUCCCAGGGCAGAGGCGCGAAGGUGCCAAUGGCAGGCGACGCGCCGCUCGUUCAACAGAUGGCCUCCACAACCCUAGCCGACGACGGUGAUUCCUCACCAAUCUGGGCCAAGUUCUCCUGCCGCGUUCUGAUCCGCAACAUCAUCUGCCGCCCCGACGGCGGCGUCGGCCUUGCCGGACAGAAGGUCGCCGUUGGUGGAUGGGUCAAGACUGGGCGCGAGCAAGGAAAGGGCUCCUUUGCGUUCCUCGAACUCAACGAUGGCUCUUGCCCCGCCAACCUGCAAGUCAUUGUCGAGGCCUCCGUUGCACCUCUCAGCCAACUUGUUCACACCGGUACUUGCGUUUACGUUGAAGGGGAGCUCAAGAAACCUCCUGAAGGGACCAAGCAAAAUGUCGAGUUGAAGGUCGAGAAGGUCAUCGAUGUCGGCCCCGUCGACCCCGCUAAAUACCCAUUGCCCAAGACCAGGCUCACUCUCGAGUUCCUGAGGGACUUUGUGCAUCUUCGACCAAGAACCAACACGAUAUCUGCGGUUGCUCGAAUCAGGAAUGCGUUGGCAUAUGCCACCCAUACCUUCUUUCAGAAGCAUGGUUUCCUCUACGUGCAUACUCCUAUCAUUACAACUAGCGAUUGUGAAGGUGCAGGUGAAAUGUUUCAGGUUACAACAUUGCUUAAUGAUGCGGAAAAGCUGGAGAAAGAACUGCAGAAGAACCCACCACCCUCGGAAGCCGAACUAGAAGCUGCCAGAUUUUUUGUCAAGGAGAAAGGAGAAAAUGUUGCACGAUUGAAGUCGGCUAAGGCAAGCAAGGAGGAUAUAUCUGCUGCCGUUGCUGAACUUACAAAAGCCAAGGAAAGUUUUACAAAGAUGGAAGAAAGAUCCAAACUUAAACCUGGACUCCCCCAAAAGGAUGGGAAGAUUGAUUAUUCCCAGGAUUUUUUUGCUCGGCAAGCGUUUCUGACUGUAUCUGGGCAACUCCAAGUUGAGGGCUUUGCAUGCGCUCUCAGUAGUGUUUAUACAUUUGGACCAACUUUCCGAGCUGAACAUUCUCACACAUCAAGGCAUCUGGCGGAGUUCUGGAUGGUGGAGCCUGAGAUAGCGUUUGCAGAUUUGGAGGAUGAUAUGAAUUGUGCAGAGGCAUAUGUGAAAUUUCUCUGUCAGUGGUUACUUGACAACUGCCUUGAUGACUUGGAAUUCAUGGUUAAACAUUUUGACAAAAGUGCCAUAGAUCGUCUGAAAAUGGUUUCCUCAACCCCCUUUAAGCGUAUUUCUUAUACAGAAGCAGUGGAACUCUUGGAGAAAGUUACAGAUAAGAAGUUUGAGAAUAAGGUUGAAUGGGGAAUAGAUUUAGCAUCUGAGCAUGAAAGAUAUUUGACUGAGGUAAUAUUUCAAAAGCCUGUUAUUGUGUAUAAUUACCCAAAAGGAAUUAAAGCAUUUUACAUGAGGCUCAACGAUGAUAUGAAGACAGUGGCUGCAAUGGAUGUGCUUGUACCCAAGGUUGGAGAGCUAAUUGGUGGAAGCCAAAGAGAGGAGCGCCAUGAAGUCAUUGAGAAAAGGAUACUGGAGAUGGGGCUCCCACUUGAGCCAUAUGAAUGGUACCUUGAUCUAAGGCGUUAUGGGACCGUCAAACACUGUGGAUUUGGCCUAGGCUUUGAGCGAAUGGUUCUGUUUGCCACUGGCAUCGACAAUAUUAGAGAUGUGAUUCCUUUCCCCAGAUAUCCAGGGAGGGCAGAUCUUUGACGUUCUGCUCAAGCAUCUGAACGCAACAAGUUUGAACAGGUUUCCUUUACUAUUUAGUAUACACAUUUAGAAUUCUGUUAUUGUUUUAAUAUUAAUAUUUAGAGUGUAUCUAUUGAACCCUUUAUAAUUCAUCAUUACUCUUGAUUGAAUGAAAGAAACUAGAAAGGUCUAUGUUUAGGAUAUAUUGGAUUUAUAUUGUACGGUUUUUUAUGUAUGUUUCUCAUUCUCAAUA